AUGUCGAACCCUGGGGGUCGCAGGUUGAAGCAGUGGCUGGUGGAGCAGAUCCACAGCGGCCAGUACACCGGGCUGCAGUGGGAGAACGAGAGCCGCACCAUGUUCCGAAUCCCCUGGAAACACGCGGGGAAACAGGAUUACAACCAAGAAGUGGACGCGUCUAUUUUCAAGGCCUGGGCUGUGUUUAAAGGUAAAUUCAAGGAGGGGGACAAGGCUGAACCUGCCACCUGGAAGACCAGACUUCGCUGUGCCCUCAACAAAAGUCCAGACUUUGAGGAGGUCACCGAAAGGUCGCAGCUGGACAUCUCUGAGCCCUACAAGGUUUACCGCCUCGUCCCGGAGGAGGAGCAAAAACAAGGGAAAAGCUCACUGAUGCCACUGACAGCGUCCACCUGCUCCGGUGACAUGACCGACUGCAGCCCUACAGAAAUGGACGAGCUGAUGAAAGACGAUGAAGUCUGCAGUUUCCAGGCCAGUCCAGAGUACUGGUCCCAGAGCAGCAUCAACGCUUUCCCGCCGCAGCAGGACCCUCUGCCUUCAGGCCCCGUCAGCUCAGUGUCCACCCAGAUGAUGGUCAGUUUCUACUACGGAGGAAAGCUGAUGCAGAACAUACUGGUGACUCACCCAGAUGGAUGCAGGAUCUCACCGGAGCAGCAGCACCUGGGCCGCGGCGCCCUCUACAGUUCAGAUAUCAUGCAGAGUGUCCAUUUCCCUCCCGCCGAGCUCAUAGAGUUUGACCGCCAGCGCCACAUCACCAGAAAACUUUUGGGCCACGUGGAGAGAGGCAUUCUGGUCCGGGCAAACCAGGAGGGCAUCUUCAUCAAACGUCUGUGCCAGAGCAGAGUCUUCUGGAGUGGGCUGAACCAGGUGGGCUCACAGUACAGCCAAAUGCCCUGCAAACUGGAGAGGGACGCUGUUGUCCAGAUUUUUGACACAGGGAGGUUCCUACAAGCCCUGCAGUUGUAUAAACAGGGUCAGUUUCCUGCUCCUGACCCAACUGUGACCCUUUGUUUUGGAGAAGAGCUGCAGGAUGUCAACAGUGCCAAGAGCAAACUGGUGAUCGUGCAGAUCACUGCAGUCAACUGUCAGCAGCUGCUGGAGACUUUCAACAUGCAUCGCUCUCAGCCCUACUUCAGUAACCAGGAGCUGGACAUGUCGGAUGCUGUGGCCCACAUCUACCAGGACCUGUGCAGCUACAGUGGGCCACAGAGAGCGGCCUGUUACAGGGACAACAUGCCCAUCACCGCCUGAGGCUCACAGCGGUGCUCACUUCGUCGCAUCUGGAGCGAAAGACUUCACCUGGUUAGUCCAGUUACACCACAACCUGUAAUUAAACAGACAAUGUUACUUUAGACAUGACCAGUGUCCAGACUGGUCUGGAUGGGACUGGAGCCACAGAGAGAAUUGUUAAAGUUCAAAGUCUUAAAGUUCUGUCUAAAGUUCUGAAAGUAAAGUUAUGACAACGGAUAAAAUAAUACACUUUUUUGUUUUUAUCCCUGAAUUUUUAUCACUUAUUUAUUAAAACACAUACAACAGAAGGAUUUAAGAAAAAUUCUCUAAAAUAUUGAUUGUUUUAUCAUUUUAACUGAAUUUCAAACACAACAAAAAAUAUUAAAAGUUAAACAUAUUUUUUUAAAUGAAUUAAAACUUAAUGUGAAAAGAUGUUAACAUUGAAUUAAUAUUCUGACUUUGAUGUAAAAAGAUGACAAAAAAUAUAUAUAUAUUUUUUUAAUUGCAGGAACAAAACGUUUUUUAAAAAUCUUGAAAAAAAACGUGUUAAUUAGUGUUCUCUGCCUUUACAUGCAAAACUUUGAUCUGAUAACAAUUCUAUGCAAAAUGUGUUGUAUUUAACUCUAAUCUGAGAAUCCUGACAAUAACCUCAGAUUAAAAAUGUCAGAAUUACAACUCUCUACCCAGUAGUACUCAGAAUUUCUAGAAUUCUGAAUUUAAAAUACUGACCAUGAGAGUUAUAAUUGAACUGAGUUUUUAAACUGAGGUUUGUGAGAAAAUAAAAUUCAGAAAUUAAACAAUUUAGAAGCUAAAAUCCAAAGUAAAAUGUCUAAUUUUAUUUAUUACUGGAAAAUUUUAAACAUUAUGUAAAAUUAUGUAUAAUUAUGUAAAAAGGAAUUAUGUAAAAGAAUGUUGAAAUUCCCAGUUGGUAUGUUUUUUUUAAGUCAUAACUGACUGUUUUGGUAUAGAGUUGUCUUAGGGGCAUUAUCUUAUUCUUCCAUCUUGAAUCAGUCGUGUCAAAUAAUGAGGAGAGAGGAUCUCGUGGCUGAGAAUCAAAAUUUGUAGAAUCAGCUUUGUUGUAUUUAUAGACACACAACAAAUUUGUCAAAUUUGGGACUGGUUUUGAACCUACAACCCCAUCCUCACUCCACCAGGUCAUGUCAUUCUUGCUUUCACAACUUUUAACGUAUCAAAAAUUAUUUUACAAAUAGUCAGGAUCAAAUUAUAUGCAGAUGAUGUACAAUAGUUCUCAGCCUUUUAUUCCAGUGUUAACAUAUUUUGUUUGCCUGUGCAGAUGAUUUUUGUGCUUUUUGUCUUUUACACAAGACACAUUUUUCUAAAAGAGAAAAAUGGAUAUUUUAAGACAUUUGAUUGAUUUUAUUUUUAUUAAAAUAUUUCUUUGUGUUUGUUGAUGAUGUUUCAUAUAAGGUUUGAGAUAGGACUGAUACGGUCAGAACAGAUAGGUUUUACUAUCUGAUAAAUGUAUCACCCUGUUUUCCUUUUUUAUUCUUUUUUAAAACUGGAUUUCUAAUAAAAUGCUUACGGAGAAAAAUA